UAUAUCCGGGAUUGUGGGGCAAGAACCGAAGUUUGAGGCAGACGAGCAGACGAGCCGUUUGCCCGGGCGCAGAGCAUGAAGGCCGGGCGGGCGCGGGGAGCGGGCGCCCGCCGCCCGGCGCGGGGGUGAGCGAGAGAGAGAGCGGAGCGCGUGUGGCCGGCGCCGCUCGGCCUGGAGCUCCCGCGCCCGCGCCCCGCGCCCCGCGCCCGCCGCCGCCGCCGCCGCCGCCCCUGGUGCGAUGGCGCAGAAACCCCGUUGACAAGGCACUGCUUUUUCAUGACGUUGUCAUGGAUGAUGAUGAUGACUCGUGUCUCCUUGAUCUUAUUGGAGACCCACAAGCAUUGAACUACUUUCUGCACGGACCUAGUAAUAAAUCGGUAAGUGGCUCUCAGGUGUCUCACACAGACACCUCUUCUGGUUCUCCACACCCUGCCAGUAACCACCUUAUUGACUUUGCCCCUUUGCAGAGCAGCGAUGACUUGACGAAUGCAGGAUAUUCUGCAGCCAAUUCCAAUUCAAUUUUCGCCAACUCCACGAAUGCUGACCCUAAAUCGUCCCUCAAAGGUGUAAGUAACCAGCUUGGAGAAGGGCCCAGUGAUGGACUGCCACUUUCAAGUAGCCUUCAGUUUCUUGAAGAUGAACUUGAGUCUUCUCCUCUUCCUGACCUCGGCGAGGACCAACCCUUUGACAUUCUUCAGAAAUCCCUGCAGGAGGCUAAUAUCACUGAACAGACGUUGGCAGAAGAGGCGUACCUGGAUGCCAGUAUAGGCUCAAGCCAGCAGUUUGCACAAGCUCAGCUUCAUCCCUCUUCGUCAGCAUCCUUUACUCAGGCUUCUAAUGUUUCUAAUUACUCAGGUCAGACGCUGCAGCCUAUCGGGGUGACUCACGUGCCUGUGGGAGCAUCGUUUGCAAGCAAUACAGUGGGUGUGCAGCAUGGCUUCAUGCAACACGUGGGGAUCAGUGUUCCCAGCCAGCAUUUGCCCAAUAGCAGCCAGAUUAGUGGCUCUGGGCAAAUACAGUUAAUCGGGUCAUUUGGUAAUCAGCCUUCCAUGAUGACUAUUAAUAACCUAGAUGGCUCGCAAAUCAUAUUAAAAGGCAGUGGGCAGCAAACCCCAAGCAAUGUGAGUGGAGGGCUUCUGGUUCACAGACAGACUCCUAAUGGCAACUCAUUGUUUGGGAACUCCGCUUCCAGCCCCGUAGCACAGCCUGUCACCGUUCCAUUUAACAGCACAAAUUUUCAGGCGUCUUUACCAGUGCAUAACAUCAUUAUUCAAAGGGGUCUCACGCCAAAUUCAAAUAAAGUCCCAAUUAAUAUCCAGCCAAAGCCGAUCCAGAUGGGUCAGCAGAGUGCAUACAAUGUGAACAGCCUGGGAAUCCAGCAGCACCAUGUACAGCAAGGCAUCUCCUUCGCCUCCGCAAGCUCACCCCAGGGCUCCGUGGUUGGUCCACACAUGUCUGUGAACAUUGUCAACCAACAGAACACGAGAAAGCCUGUCACCUCGCAGGCUGUGAGCAGUGCAGGGGGCAGUAUCGUCAUUCACUCCCCCAUGGGCCAGCCUCACGCCCCCCAAAGUCAGUUCCUUAUACCUACAAGCCUUUCCGUCAGCUCCAACUCGGUACACCAUGUCCAGACCAUAAAUGGGCAACUUCUUCAGACUCAGCCCUCUCAGCUCAUCUCCGGCCAAGUGGCCUCGGAGCAUGUCAUGUUGAAUAGGAAUUCUUCUAACAUGCUCAGGACCAACCAACCGUACUCUGGACAGAUGCUCAACAACCAGAACGCCGCCGUCCAGCUGGUGUCUGGGCAGACUUUUGCCACCUCUGGAAGUCCAGUGAUCGUCAACCAUGCCUCUCCUCAGAUGGUCGGAGGACAGAUGCCCUUGCAGCGGGCGUCACCUACUGUAUUACACCUGUCACCCGGGCAGAGCAGCGCUUCCCAAGGAAGACCAGGCUUUACUGCCAUGCCUUCAGUGACCAGCAUGUCCGGACCUACUCGGUUCCCUGCGGCCAGCUCAGCCAGCACAGCUCAUCCCAGUCUUGGGUCCACAGUGCAGUCUGGGGCAUCGGGAUCAAACUUCACGGGAGACCAGCUGACACAACCAAACAGGACUCCAGUACCAGCCAGUGUGCCCCAUCGUCUUCCAGUCUCUUCUUCCAAACCCACCAGCACUUUCAGCAACGCCCCGGGAGCGCAGCAACAGCUCUUCUGCCAGGCUCAGAAAAAGUGUUUGGCCCAGACCUCCCCAAUUCCCACCACCAAGACCACAGACAGCCUGAGGCAAUCACAGACCCCUGGGCUCUUGAGCACAGCACUGCCAGGACAGGAUUCUGGAAGCAAAGUGAUGCCAGCAUCCUUGGGGACCUCACAGCCACAGCAGGAAAACACAGUUGGAUCAUCCCCUAGCCAGACUGCUGUGCAGGUCGACAGUCAUCCGGGACAGAAAAGGCCUGCCACUAAACAGCUAACUAAAGGAGCUUUCAUCCUCCAGCAGUUACAGAGGGACCAAGCCCAUGCGGUGACGCCCGACAAAAGCCAGUUCCGGUCCCUAAGUGACACCGCUCAGAGACUGCUCUCCUACCACGUGUAUCAGGGCUCCAUGCCCACGGAGGAAGACCUGAGGAAAGUGGACAAUGAAUUUGAAGAAGUCGCCACUCAGCUCCUCAAAAGGACCCAAGCAAUGCUGAACAAAUACAGAUUCCUGCUCCUAGAAGAUGCCAUGAGGAUCAACCCCUCUGCUGAGAUGGUGAUGAUUGACAGGAUGUUCAACCAAGAGGAAAGAGCUUCCCUGUCUCGGGACAAGCGGCUGGCACUCGUGGAUCCCGAGGGUUUUCAGGCCGAUUUCUGUUGUUCCUUCAAACUUGAGGAGGCUGCACCAGAGGCACCACUGGACAGGAAUGACCAGCAUCGCAGCAAAACCAGCUCGCUCCAUCAGGCGCCCAGGGGCCAAAACAGAGACCGAGCCAAGCCAGGCAUGGCAGAAGCAACUAAUCAUGACCAGUUUCAUCUAGUGCCUAACCACAUCGUGGUCUCUGCAGAGGGAAACAUUUCUAAAAAGUCAGAAGGCCAUGGUAGGACACUGAAAUAUGACAAAGGGGGCUUAGGCCAAUACCGGGGUGCACCUGAGGACAAGGGCAGCCGGAGGGACCCGGCCAAGGCCAGCGGGUGCUCUCCAGGCCCCGAGGGCCACCGCAAGACUAUGCCCAGGCCAGAUCAUGGCUCCGAGAGCAAGCUCCCGGGCAUCCUGGCCAGCUCGCACCUGGAGAUGCCGUGCCUCGACUCCUUCCAGGACAAAGCCCUGAGGAAUUCCCCAAAGAAUGAGGUUUUACACACAGACAUCAUGAAAGGGUCGGGUGAGCCCCAGCCGGAUCUCCAGCUCACCAAGAGCCUAGAGAAAACCUUUAAGAACAUUCUGGAACUCAAGAAGGCGGGGCGGCCACAGAGCGACCCUGCGGCCAGUGGCGCCAUGGACCUUGACUUCCCCAGCUUUUCUCCAAUGGCUUCACAAGAAAACUGCCUGGAAAAGUUCAUCCCGGACCACAGUGAAGGCGUUGUAGAAACGGACUCCAUUUUAGAAGCAGCUGUAAAUAGUAUCCUUGAGUGUUAGUAGCAGCCUCCUCCCCCAGACCCCUCCCCGGACCAGUUACAUUCUCUCCCAGCAAAGCAAAUGGAAACGUCUCCUGUCUCCAGCCUGCUUGGCCCUCCAUCACAGGUUAUUCUUUCUAAUCUCGACCCUGUUCUUUUGAAGAGCAAUACACAUCAUCGUGGCUGCAGGGAGACCCCUCAGUAAACCCAUCUCUCCCUAGAAAGCAGUCCGAUAGGCCCUACACAUUUCAAGUGUAUGAAAGUGCUUAUGGCCAUUGUUGUUCGUUCAUUUGUUUCGUGGUUUGUUUGUUUGUUUAGCACUGACCCUCGAUGAGACCGCAGUACACUUGGCCCUGGGUAAAACUUUGACAAUCAUAAGUCAUUUCAAAAGAGCGGACUUAUUAAAGAAAAAUCAAACAGGACUGAUAGAAGCUACUUUUUUAAAGAAUGUCUCACUGCAGCUCCAAACUAGUGGCUUUGUUUUUGUUUGGGGGAAAAGGGUAUCCAUGAAGGGAAGUCCACAUGACUCCUCCAGGCUCAGCGCUCUCGGAGCAGUGGGUAGCCAGCUGCUCUGCCUGGAACCCCACAGCCCUGGCCUGAGACGUGUCUGUAGCAUGUACGCAGGGCGUUUGCAGGCCUUCCCUCUUGAACAUCCAAGUGUUUACGUGAUGCUGCUGAGGUUAAACCUUGUUCUGUGUUUAGCACAUCCGUGUUGAAUUCCGAGCACAUCCAUCCUUAGCCCCAGGUAUUCGGUUUAUAGUUUUGUGGGCUCAGUAGGCAACAGCGGGAACCGGUUCAGAAGCUUUGGGCCCGGGAGGCUGGGGGCCGCCAGGCUCACGGCGCCUGUAACUUUUGCAUUUUAUAAUUGGGUGAAGUCGGCAUACCUUGUGUUUUUUAAUAGUUGCUGGUUCUGUUUGUUUAACCUGUCUCCUCGUCCUCAGCAAACAGCCAGGCAUCAAGAGUGCUGUCACUUGAAAACUCUUCUACUUUUUCAGUUUAAACUUAAGGGGACUUUGGCCUUGUCCGUGCUUCCUGUCUGUAAGGACAGUAGUCAGCACCGGUGUUGGUCAUUCCCAACGCCGUAAAGCAAGGGCAUCAGCCGGCAUGCCACCACCAGAGUGAGGGGACCGCCCCCACGUGGAUAGGUGGCCCAUGUUUGAGCCUUCCUCUUUAUUUGUGUUCUUUUCUGGGAAUGCUCCCCAUUUUUCCCUUCUUGUGGGCCUGUCCCAGGGCAUGAUGUUCCUGUUGCUUCUUUUCUUCUUCAUGUCAGAUAAACCAUUGCCCGGAAAGCCAGGCCACGGCUGUGUUUGCACGCUGUUCUCCUGCCGCACCGCCCACCUGUCUGACCCUGCGGGAUCUGUGAGGGCUUGCUCCCUCCGUUCACUCCCCUGGCUGUAUCAAUGCAUCCAUUGAUUUCCACUUCACUGGAUCCCCAAAAUGGAGUUGUCCCUGUGGUCAUCAUGUUGACUGUUUCUUUUCCAGAUUGGCCUGCAGUGCAAAGGAAGGCUUUUGAUUUUUUUUUUUUUCUUUGUCAAAUAACACAGCAACAAUCUAGGCAUGUUGGCACACACCUGUAAUCCCAGCAGUCAGGUGGCUGGAGCAGGAGAGUCAUGAGUUCAAAGCCAGUUUGGGCUACAUGAUACACCCCUGUCUUAAAAACUAAAGAAAUCGAACAACAGCAGACUAUGCCCCACUGCCCAUCCAUUACAUAAAGAAGCCCUGUGAGACAGCCAGUCUGCAAGAGAGCAGUGACCUUCUCCCAGCUCCCAGCCCAGCCAACCGAAAUAGUUACCCUUUUCCCUUCUCUGUGCCAAUGUCCAAGUUGCUGGCUUCCUUCCUGUAUUAUAACACGUUAGAAAGACAAGUUGUUUGCCAGUUAGAAAUCUCUGUUUGGGCCACCCUGGGCUAACAGCCUGCCCUGAUCCUUCUGACGUCUUCUCAAACCCUAAUGCAAGACGGCCCCUGGAUGCCUGCACGUGGGUACUAUGAAUUACAUUAAUUAUUGCAAAUCAGUGGAACCUUGAAACAAGAGAAGUCUUGUGUAUAUUUGUUACCGAAGUCCUUCCCCUCCAACCCUUCUGCCCCCAAGCCCAGCUUUCCGAUAUGUCAAAUUACAGGGCUUCUAAGCCCUAACACUGGUCCCACAAAUGGAAAGCCUAACGUACCAAAAUGAAACUUGUAAAUUUUUGUGUCCUUGUAUGUAAGUUUACUUUUUAACGGAGGAAAGACUCUAGAUAAUGACAAAUGAAGAUUACAAAAUGUAUUUUACUCCUGUGAUUAGGUUACACCACAUGGGUCAGAACUCGUGUGUGAGCCCCCUCUGGUGAAGGAGAACACCCUGCCUCGGUGGCCAGCAUUGGGUGGUUCAGGUCCAUUAGUCAGUUGAGUCCUUGUGCUCAGUAACAAAAAUCACUUCUUCUUUUCUUUGUUUUUAAUCUGUUUGUUGUUGUGGAACAGUAUGGAUUUGUUAUUACGCAUUGAUUUUCUGUGUCCUUAAGUACUGCCUAAAGAUGAAGCAAAUUUGGAACUGGCAAUUACGAAAAGGAAACCCUUUAGCUCUGGAGUAUUUAGUAGACUCUGUUAGAUUAGGGAGGCCUCACAGGCUGGCCGGCUCAGAGGACGGUCACUCACUGUCAGUGUGGUGUGGGCUUUAUUUGCUUAAAUACCUUCAUUUGUAUAGUAUGUCUCACUUGAAAUUGCUUUGUAUACAUUUUGUAAAAAUAUUUAUAAAAUGUUUUGUAAAAAAAAAAAAAAGUAUAACAAAUUGCAGUUUAUUUUGUUAUGUUGGAUAAAUACUGUUAAACCAGUCAGUACCUAUAUUGUUAAUCCAUGGUUAGGAAAUGUUCAGUUGGAGAUUACAAAAUGAAACAACCAUUGCAAUACAGCCAAAGAUUUGGGAAAAUG